AGUUAACAUCUGCUCUUGAGUGAUCAGUACAGGAGGUCCCAUAUGCCAUUUCCACAUAAGCUAAGUGUUGGAUGUUUAAUGCAGUUCCACUAGGCUAAAUUCAGCAGACAUAUGUAUGAUGUUUCUAUGCAUUGUUGAGAAUUAGUUAGCUCUUUACACACUUGCUUCGGGUUUGGUAGUUUCUAGAGACCUCUUCUUCACAAUUCGGUUGACUGAAGACUUGGUAUCAGACAGAAGUGUUAUUGGAGGCAAGGAGCUAAUGUGUUUUUGAGAAAGAAAGGUUCUGUGACUUGGACGUAUAAUUUGAUAUGUUGAAUUGAGCUAUUUGAAUCUCAGUUAGCUUUGAAGUGGUAUCAUGAUGCACUGCAGCACUUGCCUUUGCUUGCUUUCUCUCACCUGUUACAGUUUUGGUCUUUCUUCUGCCAUAUAUCUUACAAAUAAGGCUGUGAAGCCCAUCCGUCCUAUCAUUGCUGAUUCUGCCGUCAUCAGUUUUGCAGAAGGAAAUUAAGGGUGAUUUUGCUGAAUCAGCCAGGCCAUAGUUCCUUUUAGUAUUUUUUUUUCUUUUACAGUCAUCCCGAGACAGAAAUCCACUUUGUUUAUGUGUGUGUCGUCCCUAUACUCCAUUUAAUAAGAGUCCUACGUGCUAUUGAAGCUGCUGAAAUGGAAAGGUACCAGAUUAUUAAAGAAGUUGGUAAUGGUACGUUUGGCAAUGUUUGGCGUGCACUUAAUAAGCAGACUGGUGAAGUGGUUGCAAUUAAAAAGAUGAAGAAGAAUUAUUAUUCAUGGGAAGAAUGCAUAAACUUGAGAGAGGUCAAGUCUCUGAGAAAAAUGAACCAUUCGAAUAUUGUGAAGCUCAAGGAAGUGGUUAGGGAGAACGACAUUUUGUAUUUCGUGUUUGAAUACAUGGAGUGCAAUUUAUACCAGCUUAUGAAGGACAGAGCAAAGCUUUUCUCAGAAUCCGAAGUGAGAAAUUGGUGCUUCCAAGUAUUUCAAGGUCUUGCUUACAUGCAUCGACAAGGAUAUUUUCAUCGUGACCUUAAGCCAGAGAACUUGUUGGUUUCGAAAGAUAUAAUUAAAGUUGCUGAUUUUGGUCUUGCUCGGGAGAUCAAUUCUCAGCCUCCGUAUACGGAAUAUGUAUCAACACGUUGGUAUCGUGCUCCUGAAAUUCUUCUCCAGUCACCCAUCUAUGGUCCUGCUGUCGAUAUGUGGGCCAUGGGUGCUAUAAUGGCUGAGUUGUUUAGUCUUCGUCCUCUGUUUCCGGGUUCAAGUGAAGCAGAUGAGAUCUACAAAAUAUGCAGUGUUAUAGGGACCCCAACCAAGAGGGACUGGUCUCAGGGACCUGAACUUGCUAGUGCUAUUAACUACCAAUUUCCGCAGGUUGCUGGUGUAGAUCUUGCUUUGCUAGUUCCAUCUGCCAGUGAAAAUGCGAUUAGUCUAAUCACGUCUCUUUGUUCAUGGGAUCCUCGUAAGAGGCCGACGGCAAUCGAUGCUCUUCAGCAUCCUUUUUUCCAGAGUUGCUUUUAUGUACCUCCAUCACUACGCACCAAGGCUGCUGUUGCUAAGACCCCUCCUUCUGCUGUUGUGCGGGGUGCAGUGGAGCAGAAGUACAAGUGGUCAUCUGGGUUGUCGCACAAUCCCAAACCUAGCAACAACUUCUCAACUGUCAAGUCACAGCUGCCGUUUAACGCAGGUGUACAAAGGAAGCUGGAUAUGAAUUAUCAGACAAUUGUUCAGGAUCCAACGAGGAAUGAUAAAUUCCUGCAAGGCUCUGUUAACCAACAACCAAAAUAUCGACCUCCUGGAAGGAACAUUCCAAGCGAUCCAAUGGUUGGUUCCAGAGUGCAGAAUUUUGCCGUUUCUGAUGCAGCUGACAAGCUGGGAAGCAUGAAUAUUGGCUCUGGCAGAGGACCUACAAUGCAGCCAAUAGUUAAGCCAAUGAAGGCAGGAGGAUGGCAUGGGCAGCACGACUUGUUCCAUGGACGGUCUAAAGAGUUUCUUCCGGGAAGAAGCUUUUCGAGGAAAGUUGCUGGAUGAAGAAAUGUCAUAGCUGAGAGUGUCCUACUUUGUUCUAGUGUUCUAUUCGCGAUAAUAGUCUUUAUGUGCAUGGCUAAAUUUGAUGUUACUUUGGUGUCUUUGUGCUUUCAAUAUUUUUGUUUAGUUUUUGGUGAUACUGUUACAUGUACGAUGUCCAACAUGUUUUGAAUAAUGUAUUGCCUUGUUUUGCUUGAAUAAAUGGUUUUCCUCUACUCUCA